AUGCACAUCAAGUCUAUUAUCAUUGAGGGAUUUAAGUCCUAUGCGCAGAGGACGGAGAUCAACGGGUUUGAUCCACUGUUCAACGCCAUCACGGGACUGAACGGCAGUGGAAAAUCCAAUAUACUUGACUCCAUUUGUUUUCUGCUAGGCAUCUCUAAUCUUUCUCACGUACGAGCCUCCAACCUCCAGGAUCUGGUUUAUAAGAAUGGCCAGGCUGGCAUCACUAAGGCCACUGUCUCUAUUACUUUUGACAACUCAAAUAAAAGCCAGAGUCCCCUGGGAUUUGAGACUCAUGACGAGAUUACCAUCACCAGACAGGUUGUAAUUGGUGGAAGAAACAAAUACCUUAUUAAUGGAGUGAAUGCUAACAAUAACAGAGUCCAGGAUCUCUUCUGCUCUGUUGGACUCAAUGUCAACAACCCUCAUUUCCUUAUCAUGCAGGGAAGAAUCACAAAAGUGUUGAAUAUGAAACCACCAGAGAUCCUUGCUAUGAUUGAAGAAGCUGCGGGUACAAGGAUGUAUGAGUGCAAGAAGAUCAGUGCUCAAAAAACUAUUGAAAAGAAAGAGGCCAAAUUAAAGGAAAUUCAGACUAUUCUGCAUGAGGAAAUUACCCCAACCAUGCAGAAACUGCAGGAGGAAAGAUCAUCUUACCUGGAAUACCAGAAGCUGAUGCGUGAGAUCCAGCAUUUGUCUCGUCUGUAUGUGGCUUGGCUGUUUGUAUGCGCUGAAGAGACAAAGACAAAAUCAGCAGAAAAUCUUAGAGUGAUGCAAGAAAACAUCACGAAGAUGCAAGCAUCCAUAGCUGAGAAUGAAGGCAAGAUUAACGAACUGACUGCUCAAAUUAAUGAACUGCAGAAGAAAAAGGAUCAGGAGGUAAAUGGAGUUUUGAAAACUCUGGAGGAAUCACUCGCUGAAGUACAGCGAGUGGAUGCUAAAGCGCAAAGUUCUCUAGAUAUGAAAAAACAGAAUUUGAAAGAUGAAGAAAAGAAAAAGAAAGAGCUGUCCAAAAGCAUGCAAGAGGACAAACAAAUGCUUGUGGUGAAAGAAAAGGAGGUUGCUAAAUUUACUGAACAGCUACUUGUUCUAAAAGAAGAAGGAAAUGAGGACAAUGCUGCUCUGGAAGCUGCUGAACAGCAUUUCAAGGCAGUUUCUGCAGGUCUUUCUACUAAUGAAGAUGGCGAGGAGGCCACUCUGGCUGGACAAAUGAUGGCCUGUAAGAAUGACAUGAGCAAAGCAGAUACUGAAGAAAAGCAGGCCCAGAUGACUCUGAAACAUGCCCAAGCUGAACUGAAAACCAAGCAGGCAGAGGUAAAAAAGAUGGACAGUGGUUACAAGAAGGACCAGGACGCUCUUAAUGCCGUCAGAACGAACAGGGAGAAACUGCAAGCUGAACUGGGAAAACUGAACUAUGAGGAUGGCAUGGAAGAGAGUCUGAUGGAUCAAAAGAGACAACUGUCUCGGGAAGUCUCUCAACUUAGAGAGACUUAUGAAAGUCUGGUGUCACGUUUUCCUAACCUGCGCUUUGACUAUAAGGAUCCAGAAAGAGGGUGGGACCGCAACAAUGUCAAAGGUUUACUGGCCAACUUGAUCUCUGUGCGAGAUGUAUCUUAUGCCACGGCCUUGGAGGUGGUGGCCGGAGGGCGGCUGUAUAAUAUUGUUGUGGACACUGAGGUGACUGGUAAGAAACUUUUGGAGAAGGGUGAGUUGCAGAGAAGAUACACAAUCAUUCCCCUUAACAAAAUCUCUGCCAGGACCCUCAAUGACAGAGUGGUCAGCACUGCAAAGAACCUGGUUGGGCAAAACAAUGUUCACACAGCGCUGUCUCUUGUCGGCUAUGAAUCUGACCUUCGUAAAGCUAUGGAGUAUGUGUUUGGCUCAACUUUAGUUUGUGAUACUUUAGACAAUGCCAAAAGGGUGGCUUUUGAUAAACAGGUGAUGACUAAAACUGUCACACUCGGAGGCGAUAUAUUUGACCCACAGGGAACACUGACCGGAGGUGCUCGAUCUCAGUCAGCAUCAGUUUUGACCAGCUUACAGGCCCUGAAGGAUGUUCAGGACAAUCUGAUUGAAAAAGAGAACCAACUUAAAGAAACUGAAGUUCAGCUGGCCAGCGUAAAGACCACGGCUGAAAAAUAUCGGCGCCUGAAGCAACAGUUUGAGCUGAAGGCAGAGGAAGAACAGAUUCUUCAAGCCAAACUGCAGCAGAGCUCUUUUCAUCAACAGCAGGAGGAGCUCGAAAGACUGCGCCAAGCCAUAGAGGAGAGUGAGAAGAAACUACAAUCUACUAAAGAGGUGCAGAAACGGGCUGAAGAGAAGUACAAAAUGUUGGAGAAUAAGAUGAAGAAUGCCGAAGCUGAGAGGGAGAAGGAGCUCAAGGCUGCUCAGCAGAAACUAAAUUCAGCAAAGUCAAAAGCUGAUGCUUUUCAGAAGAAACUAAAGCAGAAACAGCAGGAGUCUGAUGCUGUUGCUCUUGAGCUGGAGGAACUGCGCAGAGAGCAGGCUGGUUAUGAGCAACAGAUCCAAGCUGUGGAGGAGGCCAUAAAAUCUAUUCAGGACCAGAUUGAUGCCUUGUCAUCCACAAUCUCCCAGAAUAAGGAUGCAGUGCGGAAAGCACAGGAAGAACUGACCAAACAGAAAGAAAUCAUUAUGACUCAGGAUAAGGAACUUAAGGUGAAAAGCUCAGAAGCGAAUAAAAUAAGUGAGAAAAACAACGAGAUGCAACUGAAAAUCAAAGAAAUGGAACACAAUAUCAGCAAACACCGCAAAGAAAGCCAGGAUGCUGCUGACAAGGUAUCACGCAUGUUGGAGGAACACGACUGGAUACAAUCAGAGCGCCACUUGUUUGGUCAACCAAAUUCGUCUUAUGACUUUAAAACCAACAAUCCUCGAGAGGCUGGCCAACGCCUGAAGAAGCUAGAGGAGACUACCACCAAACUUGAAAGAAAUGUCAAUAAGAGGGCCAUGAACAUGCUCAAUGAGGCAGAGGAAAGGUACAAUGAACUUAUGAAGAGGAAAAGGAUAGUAGAGAACGACAAAGCCAAGAUCUUACAAACUAUUGAGGAGUUGGACCAAAAGAAAAAUGAAGCCCUUAAUUUGGCGUGGCAGAAGGUAAACAAGGACUUUGGUUCCAUUUUCUCUACGCUGCUACCAGGAGCUACAGCUAAACUGGCACCCCCACAGGGAGGUGGGGUCCUUGAGGGUCUGGAGUUCAAAGUUGCUUUGGGUAAAACGUGGAAGGAGAACUUAACUGAGCUCAGUGGCGGUCAAAGAUCUCUGGUGGCGCUGUCUCUCAUUCUGGCGAUGUUGCUGUUCAAACCUGCUCCCAUCUACAUCUUGGAUGAGGUUGAUGCGGCUCUGGAUCUUUCACACACGCAAAAUAUUGGACAAAUGCUGCGCACUCAUUUCCGACACUCGCAGUUCAUCGUCGUCUCCCUGAAGGACGGCAUGUUCACCAACGCCAAUGUGUUGUUCAAAACAAAGUUUGUGGAUGGGAUGUCUACAGUGAGUCGAUCAGCUCUCAGCCAAAGUGACUCAAAUCUCCCUUUGAAAAGUCAAGACAAAGGUCGCCAAAAGGACAAGCAGAGAAUCAAGUUUGGGAAUUGA